AUGAUGGGCGGCGACGACGCCUUUUACCGCAACCCCAGCAUGGAGCUGGAGGAGCUGUACCAGGUGGAUGGCUUCUUCGACGAGUACGUGUCCCACCUCGAGACGGCCGGCCCCGCGAUCGGCAACCGGCCGCCACCGGCCGCCGCGCCCCAGGUGCCCGGCAUGGGCGGCAAGCUCGAGCCGCCCACCUCCAGCGACUCCAGCUGCAACGUGGCGGGGCGGAUGCCGCAUCAGGGCCACCCUGGGCUGUCCGAUCUGGGGCCCUACGACCAGUCUUUCGGUUCUGGCGUGCCGGGCGUUCUGGACCAGGACGGACUGGCCCAGGCUAGCCCGUUCUCCCGCCAGCCUGCGAUGCAGGGCCCCCCGGCGCCGCAGGGCAUGAUCGGCGCGGGCGGGUUUGCGAACGGCGGAGGGAUGGCGGGCUUCGGCGUCCCGGGGAGGAUGGACGCCGAGCCGGAGAUCGUGGGUGCCUUCGGCGCGCACAGCGGCCCCGGCGCGCACGGCGGGUUCGCGGUUGAGGGGGUGGGAUCCGGCCAGAGCUACAUGGGGGCGUUCGGUUCCGGCGGGCUGAGCUCCUCGGGAAAUUUGGCGGGGAAUGGAUUCAACUCAUCCGGGGGGCUGGUUGGCAAUGGGCUGAGCUCGUCCGGCGGGCUGGCCGGAAAUCAGAUGGAGGGGGGUGGGCCGCUGGCUGGACCGCUCGUGGGCGGUGGCGGGGAGGGUGCCAAGGGGAAAAGGGCGAGGCACAGGACGCCCCGGCAGCAGAUGCUGAACAAGCAGGCGCAGCAGAGGUACAGGGAGCGGAAGAAGGCCAAGGCGCUGGAGCUGGAGCAGAACGUGGAGGAGCUGGCCAGCAGGGUGGAUGAGCUCAAGGUGGUGAGGGCCGAGAAGGCGGCGAUCGAGGAGCGGAUGAGCCAGCUGGAGCGCGACCUGCUGGAGAAGGACGCGGAGCUGCAGCGGCUGAGGGCGGGGGUGAGGGAAGUGGGGAAGGGUGCGCAGGCGGACAGCGGGGUGAGCGAUGGGACGCAUGAAUCUGCCGGGGGCGGGAAGGCGAAGGAGGACAGCGUGCAGGCGCAGGAAUACCUGAGGGUGUACCGGGACCUGGACGGGUUCAUGAAGGAGAAUCGGAUCGAUAUCAAGUCCCUGGAUGACCCCAGUGAGGCGCGGCUGACUGGGCACCUGGUGAAGGAGGUGGCGGGCAAGGUGGAGGCGGUGUGCGAGGCGUGCAUGAUGCUGGCGCGCCACGAGGGGCCGGACAUAUGGGGGAUGAUCACUGCAGGGGUGGACAAGAUGCAGCUGCAACCGCACAGCCGGGACAAGUGGCUGGAGACGGCGCGGUCGAUGGUGCUGACCGCGGAGCAGAAGAAGAACGCGCUUAUCCUGCGGGAGCAGCAGACAAAGAAGCUGGAGAGGGUGUACACAGACCGGCAGAACCUGAACCUUGAGGCCAUCGGCCUGCUGCUGCCGAGCGACCAGGGGGGCCACGCGCCAAACGGCGGGGAUAAGCUCAGGUGGCUGGGCUUCCCCAACUUCCUGGCGCGGUCCAGCCACAGGUGCAGGACGUCGUACGUGCUUGACAAGCUGAAAGCCAACCUACGGGAGGAGCAGAAGGUGCUGGCGGAGUCGGAGUACAUGGUGUUCCACAGGGUGCUGAACCCCAUCCAGGGGGGCUGGUUCCUGAUGGUGUCCUACCCCCACCACUGCGACUGCCUGAGCCUUCUCAACGCAGUCUACGAGCUGUGUGCAGACAGCUGCGAGCUGCCGCGCUCGGGCAGCAGCGAGACCGUCAGCAAGAACUAA